AUGGCGGGCGCGGGUCCCGGCGAGAAGCCGCCGCGGCCUCCUGCUGGGCUGCCGGCGGCGGCGACCGCGGCGCCCGGCGGCGGCGACACCUCCCUUCUCGGCGCAGGCGGGCUGAGUGAUUCGGGGACGGGGGUUCGUGGGGUUGUGGUGAGGAGGGCGCCGCACGAUCGCGUCAUCGGCGAGGAGGAAGAAUCGGGGCGUCCGACGCCGACCGCCUCGGUCACGGGACAGCGCGUGGGCGACGCCGACGAUACCAUCCCUUCUGCGGCGGCGCUGCGCGCCGACACGGCCCGUUUUCUGGCGAACCUCACUGUCGUCGACCAUGCUUCCUCUUCCGCGACGGUCCCCGCGCGCCAGCCCAGCACGGAGGUGGCGCCGACAGCAUCAGAACUGCUCGACCCCAAGUCCAAGGAGUGCCUGCUCGACAUGCGUCCCGACUCGGAGGACCCGCUCUUCACACAGACACAGGUGAGGCCGCGCGGCGACGUCGGCGUGAUCGGCUACAGAAGGCCAGGAAGGGGAGCCGCAGAUGCUCCAGGCGCGGAUUCUGCCGCGACGAUGGCCAUGGUGCCCAGAGCUCUGGGCGCGCAGCUGGAGCGGGCGCCGCAGCCGCACGGCGCACUCCUCCCCUCGCUGUACCAGCCAUCGGGACCAAAGGGGUUCGUGCAACCUGACCGUGACCGCAGGCUCGCCCUCGCCUCCCAUGGGCGCCACAGCAGGGCACCCUCGCCGGCAAACUUGGUCAUGAUAUCGCAAGCUGACGUUGAUCGCGGCUGGGCGGCACUGCAACAGGCGACCAUCGAACGCGACAUGCUCAUCCGCCAGAACCACGACCUUGCUACGGCUCUCCAGGAAGCGGCCGGGCGCACCCAAGGUCUACAGCAAGAAUGUCAGUUCCUCCGCCAAGAGCUGCAACGGCACCAGACGCAGCGCGGCAGCGGCGUGGCCGGCCAGCAUGAGUGCUGGGACUGCUUCUCCAGGCCAGCGGAGGUGGUGGCCGUUCCUUGCCUUCACAAGUGCCUCUGCAAUAGAUGCUACGUCAAGCGCCACACGUGCCCCUACUGCGGCCUUUGUUGGCUUCAUUCUCUUGAGGCCUUGUUCGGUUCCUUCAGAUUUGAAGGGGUUUGGAGGGGAUUGAGAGGGAUUAAAUCCCCCACAAGUCAAAAUCCACCUCAAUCCCCUCAAAUCCUCUCCAAUCCCCUUGUGGGAGGGAGAGGGAUUAACCGAACAAGCAAUGAGUGAGUUUGACCUUCGGUACUCGCCAGUUGCUACCAUGUUAGUUUGCUGCCCUUGUGAUGUCGCGUUCUACAGUGAUGUCGGGAUGCUGCUGGGUUAGGCUAGCUAGAUCAAUGAACAUGUUUCUGUCUGUGAAUCUGUGACUGUGAUGCGGUGAUGCUACUGGGUUC